AUUUUUUUCUCUUAAUCUCUUUAGCUUAGUUUUCUUUAAUUUGAAAGUCUUAAACUUUGUUGAAUUGCUUAAUUAUAUGGGUGAAGCAUGCGAGGAAAAUGUUAUUAUGACGAGAGAAAACUUAGAGAAUCCUCUUCGUCUAAUAUCCUUGAAUCACGUUUCCAUUAAUUGUCGUUCAAUGGAAAAAUCUCUUGACUUUUACCAAAAUAUUCUAGGGUUUUUUCCAGUUAGACGACCAGGAUCAUUAAAUUUUCCUGGUGCAUGGUUGUUCAAUUAUGGUAUUGGUAUACAUUUGCUACAGUCUCAAGAUUCAAAUGACAAACAUAUUGUUAAAGUGAUUAAUCCCAAGGACAACCAUAUCUCCUUCCAAUGUGAAAACAUGGCUACGGUGGAAACAAUGCUAAAGGAGAUGCAAAUAGAACAUGUUAAAAACAGGGUGAAUGAAGGUGGCAUUAGUGUUGAUCAACUCUUCUUCCAUGAUCCAGAUGGCCUAAUGAUUGAGAUUUGCGACUGUGAUAAUCUCCCUGUGAUCCCACUAAAACGUCAUUCGCCCAUUCAAUGUUGUCCACGUGUCAAUUGCAGUCUUUAAAAAGUCAAUAAACGAUUUGGCACUAUGUCAACCCUAAAACAUAACAUGUGGCGAACUACAAUUCUUAUUCACGUAUUUUAAUAAUAUAUUGUAUACAUAUAUAGAUAGUACAUUAAUUUUUUUCUCGGGAAAUCCACAAUAAUUUUUUUUUGACAUAGUAUAUUUACAUCCGAUCCAUAAAAUAUUUUUUUACUUACAACCGUCUGAGGUGAAUAUAGCUUAGUUGGGUCGAAUCUCAUGUAGGGGAGACGGAGGUUCGAAUGUUGCUGUUGUUGGGCCUUCGAGUAGGCCCAGAGAAGGGAAGCCCAAUUGAAUAUGGGGUAUGUUAUAAACAUCAUGGAAUUUGGAUCGGUUGAUCAAGUUUAUUGUCAAUGUUGUUUUUGUUACUGUGGUGAUUACCAAUAUAAAAAAUUCUUUUUCUUUU